UCAACACGUGUAUCUCGGAUGUAAUUAACGGAUUGUAAUCUAGUUAGCCUUUCGCCGUUGUGCUAUAUACAAUAUUCAAUUUAUUGUACAAAGUUGGCUUUGUGAGCUUUGACUAUCUGCAAAAGCUUUGUGAGUUGGUUGAUUCAUUGUUACCGUUUGAAGUUGUUCCUUCUCGAGGCGGCCAUCCAACGUCAAACAGGGGUAACAACAGAGAAAACGAAACAGUGAACAUUGGGGAAUACCAGAUGCUCGAGAGUAGUGGGCCGCCCCUCUCGUCGGGGCCAUGCGCGAUCUAAGCGGCCCGGUGCUCGACGAACUGACACGUUCCCAAAAGCCUCAUAUUAAUGACCACCCUUUACUCCAGGCUGACGAACUGGAGAAGAGGACUUCUCUGGCAGCGCAAUCGUGCAGCAGCGCCGAGCCAACGCUGUAUAGUAGCAGUGUCACAGAGCUGGAGGAACUCCAGGAACUGCUGCACUUCCCAGAAGAGGUUGCACUGCGCUUGGCAGAUAGCGAAUAUCGGUUAUUUUAUCAGGCGAAUGAUAAGGAUACCGCGGACGGAGAAGAACUGGAGAAGAGGACUUCUCUGGCAGCGCAAUCGUGCAGCAGCGCCGAGCCAACGCUGUAUAGUAGCAGUGUCACAGAGCUGGAGGAACUCCAGGAACUGCUGCACUUCCCAGAAGAGGUUGCACUGCGCUUGGCAGAUAGCGAAUAUCGGUUAUUUUAUCAGGUGAGUGCGUGGAUCACCCAGCUUAUCAUAGCUCAGCCCACGCACGAUGCUCGUAGAGCAAUUGUUUCCUGUAUCCUGAGGGUCGCACUCAGUUGCUGGAAUAUCGGCAAUUUCAAUGGAGCCAUGGAAAUUAUUGCCGGUCUUAAAUCGAAUAAGCUCAAGCCAUUUUGGCUUUCCAUUACGGAGAAGGAAAGUUUGCCAGUGUUGGAUUUUUUAUCGGCGGCUCUGUUAUCGGCAGAAUACGAUCGCGCUUUAAAGAGAGCGCUGGACAUGACAGAAUGUCCUGUCAUCCCAUUUUUUGGUGCUUUUUUACGCGAACUACGUGAAAUAUUGGCCUCGUGUUCCACGUCGCAAGUAUCGACAACUCCCAAACCGACCGCGAAAUCGACACGAAAAAAAGAUGACUUAAGGGACCAAGAACAACAAAGGCAAGUGUUUAUAUCAGAUUACGAUGGCGAGAGUCAUCACUUCACGAAAGUCGGACCGGGAGGUCUUAUCGACUUGGAGAAGAUAUAUCGAAUCCAAGCCGUUAUGGACCACAUUUCUUUAUUUCAUCAGCACUUCCACACCCAAAUGCGUCUUUCAAACGGUGCCACCCUUCUAGAUUAUCUAAAGACUUCUCCCAUAGUAAAAAGCCAACGAAUCGUAGCGGCGGCGACAAAUCAGAGAGAAGAGCAAGACGAAGAAUACGAAUUCGAAAUAUCGGAUUAUCAUCCCAUUCAACCACUCGUAUACGAUCACGGAGUCAGUUAUGUCUGUCUGUCGCCACCAAAUACAAAAGUCGACCAACAUAUUAUUCAGAUUCUACAUCAUGGCAGCACAGCAGUGAUGUGGGAAGGUAUUGAAGGUCCAUCACCUCCUGGGGGUUUGCGGAGUACCCUCCAAUACCUUCGACUAGAUCGUUCGUGUUCAACAUUAACAUGGGUUCGCCCCAGUUGGAGUGGCCUUAGAGUUGGUGUAUCAAGCGGUGAUACGGAUCCGUUAUCUACCGAUUUCAACUUGUCCUUUAGUCCAGAAGAUACCCUAGCUCCGGGUUUGCUUACGAAACUAGCAUUACAAAGCAGUGGGGAGCAAUCUACCAGCAGUACCCUUGAUGAAGGUUUUUUGGACUUGAUGGCAAUAAAAGAGGUCCAUCUAGGAGGCAGAGAUGCUGAAAAAGACACUGAAAUAGCAGCCGUUAGUCGACGGUAUGGUCUCAACCAUGAGCCUGAUAAUCAAUGUGCUCUUACAAUUCUUUACGGAUACGGCCUUAGCGAUAAUAGAAUUUUAUACAUUGUAUGUCCUUCUUCAAUGUGUAGAAUUUGGUUUACCGGGCUUUCUUGGAUAGUAAAAGAUUUAGCUAGACAACAAGCGUUAUGCGAUCGACGUUUGUUGUGGUUGCGAGAACAGUAUUUGCAACUCUAUCAUGAGGACGGAUAUUGUUGUGGACCGCUGGCGGCAGACGCCAUCAGGGGGAUUGGCCGGGUGUCUACUAGAAGAAAAAGUCUAACAUCAUUUCCCGAAACUAGUUAUGGACUCCUACCCUGGUUCCGAAACUUAAGACUCACAUGUUUCAACACUAGCAAUGAUGCUCGGUCGACGGAAGGCCACCACCAGAUCCCCCUGUGGUUCCAUUAUUUGUAUCAUUUGCGGUCGACGGAAGGCUACCACCUGAUCCUCCUGCGGUUGCAUUAUUUCCAUUAUUUGUAUCAUUUGUGGUCGGUGGAAAGCUACCACCAGGUCCUCCUGUGGUUCCAUUGUUUCCGUUAUUUGUAUCAUUUGUGGUCGGUGGAAAGCUACCACCGGGUCCUCCUGUGGUUCCAUUAUUUGUAUCAUUUGUAUUCGGUGGAAAGCUACCACCAGUUUGCUUGUUUGCUCACUGUGCCCACUCGUGUGUCACAGUUCCGAACUGUUGGUGACAGAAUAAUAAAAAAUGCAAUUUCUGUGGGUUUACGUGUAGGUGUAUCGAUAUGUCAUUUAUUUAGGGAACGCCAUGGGUCUACGGAACAUCUCUGGCAUGGCCGUCAUCCCCGAGUGGGGUCCAUUCUAUACGACACCCAGCUAGAUUUCAUAGACUUCGUUAUGCUAUUUCGUUCAUUUAGUUUAUUAAUUCGUAAGGAUCUGCGCGAUCUGUUCGAUCAAUUAGCAAUAUCUUAUCAAAGUAUGGCUGUGAGCAAUAUUAAAGUUAACGGUAUAAAGCACGUCGAAAAGACCCUUAAGAAGCCGCCGAAAUUGGGUUUGAUUACAAGGAACAGUCCGGCUGAGAAGGAAGGGAUCGUGGUCAAUUCCCAGAAAAAAAUAUACGAUGCCAUUGCCGCGGCUAGCAUUUUCACCAAUUGCGCCGGCAUCGACAGCAGCAAUUCCCAAGUAAUUACCCUGUCAACAUUUAUGAAAUUUUUGGAAACAAGACAAAUGGAGAAUAAGACUGAGGAUGAGGUGAAGAAUAUAAUUCAGAGACAUGAACCGGACUUAACGUUGCGGGCACAAAACUGCCUUUCGUUUGAGGGUUUUGCCAGGUACUUAAUGGACAAAGACAACUUCGCCUACGUCUACGAACAAGAAGUGCCUGUUAUUGAAGAUAUGAAUAAACCAUUAUCAACUUAUUAUAUAGCGUCAUCCCACAAUACUUACUUAACAGGACAUCAGCUCAAGGGAGAAUCUUCUGUCGAACUUUACAGUCAGGUGCUUCUGUCUGGAUGUAGAUGCGUCGAAUUAGAUUGUUGGGAUGGUGAAGACGGCUAUCCAAUGAUAUAUCAUGGGCAUACAUUUACUACUAAAAUUCCAUUUUCGGCAGUGGUCGAAACAAUCGAUAAAAAUGCCUUCGUCGUGUCUCAAUAUCCCGUCAUAUUGUCUAUAGAAAAUCAUUGUUCUUUACAGCAACAAAAUAAAAUGGCACAAAUUUUUCAGAGAAUUUUUAAAGAUAAACUGGUGUCUAAUUUUUUAUUCGAAACAGAUUACAGUGACGAUCCGUCACUGCCAUCACCUGAACAAUUAAAAAACAGAAUUCUCAUAAAAAAUAAGAAACUUAUUGCAGAAGUUCCUAGCACGCUAUCGAGCUAUCCGCCGACUUCAACCCCCAUCAGAACUGGCAUUCGCCAUUCUGUACCAGGUCGAACAAGUUCUAUAAUUAGUAAUGCCAGUAGUAGUUCGUUUAAUGAAGAUUUUAGCGACGAUGAUUUUGACGAUGAAGACGAUGACGAUAAUGUAGAUGAGAAACCCAUUCAUACCAUUUUAACCAUGAGCGAGUCUCCAAGAACUUACGGUCCUCACACGUCCUCAAAAACUAGCUCAACGAAAAGACCCAUGCCAGAUGAUAAAUCAAAAAAGAGAAGUAACCAGAUAUCUAAGGAACUUUCCGAUUUAGUUGUUUAUAUACAGGCCAUAAAAUUUCGUGGUUUGAACACAAGUCCAAGCAACUCGGUUAAACAACGCACCAGGUCAUCGGGCGUAUCCAAUACUGGUAGUUCCGUGGUUUCAAACGCGAGCGGUUCUACCGGGGGUGGAUCAUCCGAAUCUGACGUAACGGUGGUUGAAGGGGACGUUAAACAAAUACGAUCCACUCACCCCUGCUACCAGUGUUCGUCCAUAAACGAAAAUGCAGCAAAGAAACUUUGCCGGAAACAACCUCUCACGAUUGUUGCCCAUACGCAAACUCAGCUCAUGAGAACGUAUCCGGCCGGCAUGAGAAUCGAUUCGUCCAAUUUCAACCCUCUAAUUUUUUGGUCGUUUGGUAUCCAAAUGGCGGCUUUGAAUUAUCAAACCGACGACGUUCCACAACAAAUCAACACGGCCAUGUUUGAAAUGAAUGGAAUGUGCGGUUACGUCAUUAAACCCAAUGUUAUGUGGGACAAGUCUCAUGUGAUGUAUCGACGUUUCAAUCCUUGGGAAAAGGAAUUCGAAGGGCUGCAUUCAUGCCAAAUAGUUUUAACAGUCGUUUCGGGACAGUACAUUUGUCCCAAUAACUUCAAUCUCAGCACUUACGUGGAAAUAGAAAUAAUAGGAAUACCCGUAGAUUGUAACAAAGUCAAAACAAAGGUGGUUCAAAAGAAUACUUUGAACCCCAUUUGGAACGAAACCUUUAAUUUCCGCAUCAACUUCCAAGAUUUAUGUUUUCUGAGGUUUUCGAUAAUCGACGCGAGCAGUAGUCAUCUGCUCGCCCAGCGAAUACUCCCAGUGAAACGGCUCAAACCAGGAUAUAGACAUUUGAGGCUUAGGAAUCCUCAAAACCGGCCUCUCAACAUGUCCACUCUUUUCCUUUAUUCUCACAUGGAAGAAGAGAGCAUAGAUAACCACGGUAGUAAAAAUAUCUUAUCCAAAUCCAAACGAGAAUCUUGUAUGCAAUCGAACCCGAAUAUAAAUGCCAUAUUGGGUGCUUCUACGUCUCCAAUUUGCGUUAAACGGAGAAUGUUCUUCCUUAUGGUUUACGGCGUUAUCUCCGAUGAACCUUACACGAUUCUUAAAGUUACUCAGGAAAGCACGACAAGGGAUGUUCUACUUUUGGCCCUUCAGAAAGCCAGUAUACCUACGACACGAAUUAACGAUUUCAUUUUGGUCGAAGAAGUGGCCAGAGGUUGGGAAAAGAAGGACCACGACCUUCCAGCCACCCAACGAAUAUUGGAUCUGGAUGAGAGGCCUCUGCAAGCCCAAUCCCAAUGGAAAGGUGAAGGAAGGUUUAUUUUGAAGAGAAUGGGCGAUGACCCUAGCAGUCGAGCUUGGUUGUCGUCCAUUCGCAGUGUAGCAAAUAGAGAAAGGGAGGCGAGAAAAUCAGAUGGAGCUCCAAGUAACGCCUGGGAAGAAAACGACACCUUCCUCGUCUGUAUUUACAACGUAUCUCCAGAAAUACCGUAUUGUAUUCUAAAAGUACCAUUAAACGCUUGUGCCCAAGACGUAUUAGCGCAAGCAUUGGUAAAGGCUAGAAGACUGGAAGAUCCAAUGAACUACGUUAUAGUAGAGGAACUGGAAUGGGGGGGAGCAUCACACAACGUCCAACAAAGAGCCCUUGCCGACGAUGAAAACGUGUACAAAGCACAAUCUCAUUGGCAAACCAUAGGCAGGUUCAUUAUGCAAGAGAGGACUAAAGUAACUCCGACUUCCUUACGAAAAAAUCGCGUCACAACCAGUUUUCGUUCGGUAACGUUGGAUAAGAUUAGUCGUGGAUUUACAGCAGCUCGAAAUGCUGCAAGCAGUAGCAUGAAACCGCCAGUUCAAGCUGCCUUGAGUGAUCCGACCACUUCGAAAAUAAAGAAACUCAACGACGACUCUAAAAUGAAGGGACUUUUGCGAAGCAAAGCCAAUUCGGAAAAAGAGACUUUACAACACAAAACUCAGUGCCAGCGCGAAGUGCAUUCAGAAGGCGAGACUCUCAGCGACGAAGAAACGAAAGAUUCCGAUCUGGUGACCGCAAUGACCCGAUUGAAAAGGAUUUCUAUUCGAAAAUUCAAGGAAUGGAAGUCAUGACUUUUGGAUUACUUGCCGUAGAGUUUUUGAUCUAGUCAAUUUAGAACCAAAAGUUAGAUUUUACUAUUAAUUAAUUUGUUUCUCAAGCUUUAAGACCUGUACCUACUUAAUAUAUUGUUGAACUUA